ACCAAACACUCAUUUUCACCCCAGUUUACCAACUAACAGACAUAAGCGAACAAUAGGUUUACAGUGCAGCUUCUAUAAUAGACAUCCUGUGCAAACUACAUCAGUCACGAAGCAAUUUUAAGGCCAAUGUCACCAACAGGGGGAGCCAGGUGGGAGGAACACAGUAACAUGACAACACUAGUGUGUUUAUUUUGGGAAGUGAAAUAUGUGAGGACUUCAAUAGUCAAGUUUUUGUUUCAGAUAGGAACCGAUUCCACUUUGUGGUCAUUUUCAAGGCUAUAGUUUGAGUUGGUGUUAAAUUAUACUGUUAUACUGAGAAUUAUUUGUUAUUUAGCCCAUUCUUACUAAUGGAGAGAUAGUGGACAGAAUAUUACAAACACUAAUCUGAAACUCUUUCAGCACCAAUUGAUCAUUAAGUACUUUCUGAGCAGUUUUACUACACUAUAAGGUUUCCAAAAUGUACCUAAUAAAAAGGCAGCCGAUUGUGCUUGUGUGUAUUUGCACAAAACUACUACAGAUUGUGUUGCUUUUUAAGUCUGCCUUGCUUUAUAAUACAUAUUUCUACUAGUUUUUACAUAUUUGACCACUGAACUCAAAUUUAAUUGUUGUUUUUUUUUAAAGAAAAUGUGUAUAUAUAAGUGCUGCAGCUUUGACUUGACUAAUGAACUCAGAUGCUAGAAAGCUGCUGCUGGUUUCUUACUCAUCCCAUUUUCACACCAGUCGCAUUUAAACAGUUGGAGAAGGAAUCAUAGUACAAGUUGAAGUUAACAAGAAUUCUAACCACCAAAAUGCAAUGCUAAGGCUUUAGUUACCCUUCACUUUUUAAUUAACUUGGUUGGUUUAUUAUUUCUUUGUUGUAACCUUGCUUCUGGGCAAUAAAUCAUGUACAGUUCGAAAGCCUGUUUAUUUCCCCUUAAAUGGUCCCACAUUCAUGGAGAUGCAUUUGCGGGUUGUGCACAUGAAAAACUUGCUAAAUCAUCUCUGCCAAUGCCAAACAGCUUAUUCCGCUAUUGACUCUUGUUUGGUGUCGUUUAUUGGACUGGAUCACUGAGGUCUGAAGGAAUAACACCAAAAAAGAGUGAAUAGCAGAAUAAGCUGUUUGGCAUCAACAAAAAAAUUUAGCAAGAAUUUUCUGGGCUCAACCCACAUACUCAACUUUGCUUCUCAGCCCAAUUGUAUCCCCUUAAUGCCAGUUCCUUACUUUUUUAUGUGAAGUUUAUUUUGCUUUCAAGGAGGCAGACUGUUAUUUUUGGUGCAAAAGUUCCUCAGGCUCUCUGAAGGUCUUUUGGAGUUUUUCUUUGGCUGACAUUGGCUGCUUUUUCAUUCAUUUUAAGUGCAGUCCUUGUACCUGACCUUUUUCAGAGGAACGUUUUGUUUGUUUGUUUUGUUAAGCCACUUAAUAUUGACUUAUUAUUAAAUAGACAUAAAACAGGCAACAUAGGCACUUUGUUGCCAGCGGCCUGUCACAAAUACACAUAAUUCUUUCACAUUUCUUUGGUUGAAUAUAUGAAAGAAGCUUGGAGAACUCUUCUCAAAGACUACUUAAAGAAAUGACAAGAAAAUUUGACAGAAAUAUAAACUGCCUUUCCAUGUAUGCUUGCACCUUUCAGUUCAUUGCUGCACCUAUUUCCCAUUUUCCUAGCAAAGUGUAAAGAAAUGAGGGGUGGGUUGAUACUUUUACACAGUAUGUUUACUGGGGAAUGAACAUCAAAGACAAUACAAGUUAAAUGGUGUUGCACAGAAUGCUGAAUUUUUAUAUGUUUCCCUCAUUUUCACAUGUAUUUAGAAUCCAUAUGAAAAUGAGGGAAAUGUAUCAAAUUUCUACAUUUGCUACAUUUCUACAUUUCCAGAACAGGUUCUGAUGUUCUGUAACAGGGACCUAACUGUGUGCUUGUCAUGGUUUUAUUGAGGCUGAAUGCUUCAAAUCAUUAAUUUCAGUACUAUAUUCAUACCGAGUUGAACAUACCAAAAAAAUGAACUUUCUGUGCAAAUUCAUAUCAUAUAUAUCAUCUGAUCACUGAACCCUGAAACUAGGUGCAUUUAUGUAAUCUAUAAUCAGGAUUAUAAUCUGGACUUUGACUUUGCUAUGAAUUUUUGAUGACUUCAGUCAGUCCUCCUGUGCCAGCUGUACCCUCUUGAUGGUAUUUAGUAGGAGAGAAACUCUUACUCUAAAGCUACCAGACUCUGAAAAUUUACUCUCAUGCCUUUUACAUAUCACUUGGAAAUACAAGAAAGCAACAUAACUGAAGUGCAUGUCAGGGAUUGCCAUGUGCAUCUGUAAGCAGUGGUGGUUUUGAGCACUUUGGUUACCUCUCAUACUCGAACUUGUGGUGCCUCUUUUCAUGUGUGUUACAGCUUUUGGAAAUGUGACAGUUUAACAUCAAAAUGUUUUCCAAGGCAGAAAAGGCUAAUCAAGACAUUGCCUCUAGCAAUGUUUGUACCUACACUCUGAAAGCUCAACCCGUCAACAGCCUGAUGAACACACACACCUCUUUCUUUAUUUGGGAGGAGUCUGCGUGGCGGUUUACAUCCAUUGAGCUUCAUACAUAUGCUUAGUUCGCGAGUGGAAACGGUCACAGCAGCUUUUACCGGCUGAGGCGAAGACUUGCUAGGAUGCACUGCCAUCAGGACUUGGUGAGCUUUCUCAGCUGUGGACUUAUUCUGGCAGGAGUUUGGCACCUGGUUUAUCACAAGAAGUCACAGAGCUCCUAUGGACGCUACAUGGCAUGCCCUCCUCCUGCUAGAACAGUUCCUGCUAGACUAGCCUGGUUCCUUCAGGAGAUGCCGGCUUUCAUCAUCCCUCUACUUUUAAUGCUUACCACGCACAAAUCCACAAUUAUGGGGAAGUACCUGCUGCUAGCGACCUUUUGCGUGCACUACUUUCAAAGAACAUUUGUGUACUCGCUAUUGAUGAGAGGAAAGCCUUUCCCGCUGAGUGUGAUGGUGGCAGCGGGUUUGUUCUGCUCUCUAAAUGGUUUCCUGCAAGGACACUACCUGCUGCAUUGUGCCCAGUUUGAUGAUGAGUGGUUUACGGGUUAUUGCUUUAAAAUUGGUUUACUGCUGUUUUACAUCGGCAUGGCCAUUAAUAUUCACAGCGACUUUAUUCUACGCAACUUGAGGAAACCAAAGGAAGUAAUAUACAAGAUUCCUACUGGAGGUCUGUUUGAAUAUGUGUCUGGUGCCAACUACUUAGGGGAGAUUGUGGAGUGGUUUGGGUACGCUGUAGCCACCUGGUCUUUUCCAGCACUUUCAUUCGCUCUGUUCACCCUCUGCUUCAUUGGACCAAGAGCCUACUACCAUCACAGGUUUUAUCUUGAGAAAUUCAAAGACUAUCCCAAGUUUCGAAAGGCUUUAGUUCCUUUUAUCUUCUGAGGGAAAACGUUCAUGUAUUGCAAAAAACUGUUUACCGUGGUCUAUAACAUGUUAUACAACAUUGUUAUUAGUGAGGCCUUAACGUGGAAUAGUCUAGUUAGCUUGGUUUAGUUAGUGUUUGUACUUAAGAAGGUACCGAGGUGAAGUGUAUCAAUAGUAUUUGCAGCUUGUGAAAUUUAUGCAUGAUGUAUUAAUAAAUGUAUUUGUCUUGUUUAUUACUGAUACUCAUACAACCGAGUUUCCAAAAGUCAGGAAUGCUGUUUAAAAUUAAAUCAAAUGUAAGAAUCCACUGAUUACCAAUUUUACCAAUCUUGCUUCAAAACUGCUGGUGCCAUAAUUUUUGGGACAAUGUCACAGCUUUUGUAAUUGUGUCUCUGUAGACCAUCAAAGUGGGAUUAAAACUAAACAAAAAGAUGUUAGUUUCAACUCAAAUGGUGUAACAGCAAUAGGACCAUAGCCCACCAUUUUCAGUUGUUGUGAAACUAAUUAGAAACUUAACUGACAGCCAGUUUCAGUUGGCCAGGUAAGACCAGUUCUGUCAUUAUUCUGUGACAAAUGAGAUAGAUAAGAGAUUUGGAGUUGAUCCAGUUGUUGAACUUGACAUUAGAACUUAACAUGAGGUCUAAAGACAUGUUGAUGCAAGUGAGGCCCUCAUUAGGCUGAAAAAAAGAAAGUAUAAAUUAAAAACAAACCUCUCUGUUUAAGAAUGAACCAGCAAAAUGAAAAGCCCACAGAAGGCAAUUAAAUUCCUUCUUUGAUUAAGAAAAACAACUUCUCCACCAGUGGAAAUGUGCCACUCGUAUUUAAUGAUGAUGUGACUGCUGACAGAAGUAGCAGGAUGAAUUGUGAAGCGUACAGGCCAAUACUCUCUGCUCCAACUCAGCCAGAUGUUGCAAAACUGAUAGGAGACCCUUUCGCAGUGCAAAUGGAAAAUAACCCAAAGGCCACUGCCAAAGAAAGACAUGAGUUUCUCAAGGCAAAGACAUGGGAUAUUCUUCAAUGGGCAAAUCAGUGACUUGAUCUCAACCCAACAAAACGUGCUUUUCAGUUACUGAAGACAAGACUGAAGGCAGAAAGUCCCACAAACAUGCAGGAACUGGCUGCACUGAAGGCCUGGCAGACUAUUGAUGUUACCUAAUACCAUUUGUGAGCCACGGUUCAAAUUCAAAGACUAUCCCAACUUUCGAAAGGCUUUGUCCAUAGGCUCUAGACUUCAAGCAGCCAGUGACUACACUGGCUACAAAGAAUUUUCAUCCAAGUUUUAAAAACAAUCUUUAUAAUUAAAAAUUUAUAUAAGUAUAUAUAACCUCUUGAAUUAAAGCUGAAUAUAUGCACAUCUGUCACAUUUGAUUUAAAAUCUACUUCGUUGGUUUACAGAGGCAGCAUUACAAAAACUAAUGGACCUAACAACAAGGCUCCAAAAAAACCCCCCCAAACCUUAAAGUUACACUUUUAAAAUCAGAAUACCACAUCAAGUCAAUGUAUCUUCUGGGAUAUUGAGCUGGUCAGUUCAGUAGCAGAGGGGGUUGUUAAUCAGUUUCUUCAUCAGUUUCCUCUUUGAUGUUAAUGAUAUUAACGACAGGUGCACUAGAGGGGCAACAAUGAGAUGAGCCCCAAAACAGGAAUGGUUUUACACGUGGAGGACACUGACAUUUUCACCUCCUCAUCUUUUCUGUUUUGCAUUUGGCUUAGGGUCAGAGUCACUACUGGUAGCACGAGGCAAUACCAGAAGGUUUGCUGGGUCUCCCAUCACAGUCUCAAGAGCAUGGAGGAGAUUCCAGGAGACAGGCUCUGGGAGAGCUGGACAGCUGUGCAUGUAAAAGGUCCUUAACACAUCAGCAGGACCGGUAUCUGCUCCUUUGUGCAAGGAGGAACAGGAUGAGUACUGUCAGAGCUACAAAAUGACCUCCAGCAGGACACUCACGAGGGUGGUCUAAGGGCCUGACGUCCUCUAGUGGGCCCUGUGCUCACUGCCUGGCACUGUGGAGCAGAUUAGCAUUUGCCAUAGAAAACCAGAAUUGACAGAUCCACCACUAGUGACCUGUGCUUUUCACAGAUGAGAACAGGUUCACCCUGAGCACAUAUGACAGAUGUGAAAGGGUCUGGAGAAGCUGUGGAGAAUGUAAUGCUGCCUUUAACAUGGUGGUGGGUGAGUGAUGGUCUGGAGAGGCAUAUCCACUGAGGGGCACACAGGCCUUUACAGGCUUUACAACGACACCAUGACUGCCAUUGGGUACCAGAAUGAACCCCAUGGACCCACUGUCAGACCCUAUGCUGGUGCAGUGAGUCCUGGGUUCCUCCUGAUGGAUAACAAUUCCCAGCCUCAUAUGGUGAGAGUAAGGAGAGUUCCUAGAGAAUAAAGUAACUGAUGUUGCUGACUGGCACCCACACUUGCCUGACCUAAAUCCAAUAGAACACCUCUGGGAACACCUCUAAUGACAGGAGCUCAUUGAUGCCCUGCUCCAGAUCUGCGAGGAGAUCCCCCCAGGACACCAUCCGUCAUCUCAUUAACGGCAUAUGCAGACGUUGUCAGGGAUGCAUACAAGCAUGUGGGGGCCACACAAACUACUUACUAGUAUUUUGAGUUGCUUUAAUGACAUUUCUGCAAAAUGGACUAGCCUGAACAGGGCUCUAGACUAACUUUUUGACAUGGGCGCACCGGUGCGCCUAACUUAAAAAAGUUAGGCGCACUCAAAUUUUUCAACCGCAUCGCUUAACACCGCAGUUUUACAUGUGCACUUUUUUUUGGGGGGGAGUUGCAGUCCAUACAGACAAUUAUAAUUUCUAAAUUAUUAACUAACAAUCUUGUGCUUAAAGUGCUUUGUCAAUAUUGUAGAAAAUGUUAAACUUAAUCAUCAUCUCGGCCUGACGACCUGUUUGCUGUUGCAUGCUGCUGAAAGGCAGUGGGGAGAGGGGACACUUGGGCAGUGCAUUUAUUGCAGCAUAUAAUGUGUUUUCUGGAUACACUGUGCUUUUUCAGCGUUCAAAGAUUGAUGGCACUGUGUCAGAGCACUGGCUAUGAAUUUCAGACGUAUCAGGCCUUAACUUAACAAAAAAGUUAUCAAUAGUUCUUUUCAUCUUUUAUUACCCACAGCUACAUCCACUUCUGUCGGGCCUAGGCUGCUCACUAGGGCUGGGUAUCAUCACUGAUUUCUAUAAUCCAUUCGAUUCCGGUUCUCAAAGUCCUGAUUCGAUUCAAUUUCGCCUCAGACAGUCAGAAAUAUUAUAAUUCUGAUCAUUUAUCAGUACUGAUACACAUGAGACUUCAUCAGAAUUGUGAACAUCACAGCAGAUGCCUUUGUGUCAAAGUAACUGAGAAUAAAACACAGAAAAACAUGAAGGAGAUU